AUGCCACCAGCACUCGAUACCACUGGCCCAGAUACCCAUCACUCUGACGAUUCUGAAAGCGAAGAUGACCAAGGAUCCCUUCAACUUACAUCUGAGAGCCGAAAGGUUCAGAAUGUUCAGUUUCAAGCUUUGCUGAACCAAUAUGCCCGUGACCCCGGUAGAACAAUCGAAGCCAAGGCCCAAGUCCCGACAGAUAGGCCAGACUCUGAGCUCGCGAUCUCAUCCUUGCUCACAAAACAUGAUCCCAAUCCAGGACACUUGGAUCCUCGGGCGUAUCAGAUCGAGCUGUUCGAGCGGGCAAAGCUUCAAAACACCAUCGCUGUACUGGAUACAGGCAAGUGGAUGACUUUGAUCGCGGUUUUACUUCUCAAAGAGAUCCUGCAACGCGAACUGAUCGAUCGGGCCGAUGGCAAAGCUCCUCGCAUUGCCUUCUUCUUGAAGGUUGACAGCGUGACCCUUGUUUUCCAACAAUCCACCGUGUUGCGAAACAAUAUCGACCAGAGCGUCGGUCACCUCUACGGCAACGUGGGGGUAGACCACUGGGACGAGCAAACGUGGAAAAAUCAAUUCGAUAAAAACAUGAUUAUAGUUUGCACAGCCGCCAUUCUCCAUAAAUGUCUUCUCAAUGGAUUCGUGAAGAUAAGACAGAUCAACCUCAUGAUCUUCGAUGAAGCCCACCACACGAAGAAGGACCAUCCCUAUGCACGGAUCAUCAGGGAUUCGUACAUCAGGACUGAGCUAUCUGAACGUCCGAGAAUUUUCGGAAUGACAGCCUCCCCCAUCGAUGCGAGAGGGAAUAUCGUAGACGCGGCACGGGAGCUUGAGAUCCUCAUGGACAGCAAAAUAGCAACGACAACGAAUUUUACGGCGCUCUUGCGCGCUGUAAGCCGCCCGCAGGAAGAGUUCUGGGCCUACCCGAAGCUCAACGAAUCAACCACAACCCCUUUAUUCCGGCUUUUGAAAGAGACAUUCGGGGAUCUAAAAGUCCUCGAGCCUGUUUUCCGAUUUGCAUGGAGAGCAACUUCGGAAUUGGGAGCAUGGUGUGCGGACUAUGUGUGGACAUACGCCCUGGCACAGGACGUGAUCCCUCGCCUUCAAGCUAAAAUUGGUAGGGAUUCGUGCUCGGAGGAUGAAACCACUGAAGGCAUUGAAAGAAAUAUGAAGAGGAUCCACGAGGCCGCACAAAUCGUGAAAAAUUACAAAUUCAAGAGCCCCCUGGAACCGGGUCAGAUCAACCCAAAAGUUGAGCUUCUUCUGAGAAAAUUGUCCCAACACUUCGGCAGGUCGAAAGACACAAAAUGUAUCGUCUUCACAAGAAGGCGAAAUACAGCGAAAUCCCUCGGGCACCUCUGCAGUGUCAUGAAAAUUCCAAACCUCCGACCAGGAAUACUUGUCGGAAUUCGAAACCACGAUAUCACUGGGACUGUCACGCUUCGCGACCAAUUCCUUGUCUUGAUCAAAUUUCGCCAAGGAGAGAUAAACUGUCUUUUUGCAACGUCUGUCGCUGAGGAGGGGCUCGAUAUUCCGGAUUGCAAUCUUGUCGUCAGAUUCAAUCUCUACAAGACAUUGAUUCAAUACAUACAAAGCAGAGGACGUGCCAGACAUGCCGACUCAACGUAUGCCAUCAUGCUUGAACACGAAAAUCAAGAGCAACAAAAACGCCUCCAAGAAGUCAAGGAAGGAGAGGUUCUGAUGCGAUCCUUUUUUGAAAGACUUCCCAAGGACAGAUUACUACAUGGAAACGAAGAUAUCCUUGAAAAGACCAUGCGAGCCCAAGAGGGAGAGCGGACUUAUACAAUAUCUACUUCUGGUGCCAAGCUGACUUAUCCCUAUGCUAUCGAAGUUCUGGCUCGUUUUGCCCAUUCUCUGCGAUACGAGAACGAACUUGCCACGGAUGUUGCCUACUUUGUGACUUCCAGCGACAGAAAGUUUCUGUGUGAAAUCAUCCUUCCUGAGAAGUCACCUAUCAGAGGAGUUACUGGGAAGCCAGAGGCAAGAAAACUUAUAGCGAAGCAAUCCGCUGCGUUCGACCUUUGCCUUCUUCUCCGGAAGAACCACCUUCUCGAUGAUCAUUUUCGCUCGAUCUAUCACAAACGCCUCCCAGCAAUGCGAAAUGCGAGGCUGGCAAUCAUAUCAAAGAAAACAAACAGCUACAAGAUGCGCUGCAAGCCCUCAAUCUGGACGCAGGAAAAGCAAAGUAACCCAGAGUUACUCUACGGAACAGUCAUUGAAUUCAAUCCCUUCAUGCCACUGGCACGAGAACAUGGAAGCCUGAUGCUUUUGACAAGAGAAAAACUUCCCGAGUUCCCAAGUUUCCCAGUUUUCCUGGAGAAUGACAGAGAAACUCAAGUUCGCACUAUCUUCCUUGAACCGACUCUUUCGGUCACUUCUCAGGAAUUGGAACAGUUGACAGGUUUUAUGGUUACAAUAUUCAGCGAUUUAUUCCACAAAAGCUUCGAGGCUGUUUCAGAAACAUUUCCAUACUGGUUUGCCCCAGCUAAGGCUACAGCUAAGAAUGGGACCUCCACAACCAGCCCUCGGGAAAUAAUCGAUUGGGACACUUUGCAAUUUGUUCAUGACAAUCCUGAGAUAUCAUGGUCCAAGAAAAUGAAUCCGAAGUCUCUCUGCAACAAAUUCAUCUAUGAUCCUUGGGAUGGGAGAAAGCGAUAUAUCUCAACUGCCAUUGAGUAUGGCCUACGCGCAUCCGACCCACCUCCAGAAUGGGCACCCCGUCGAAAAUGGAUGGAAAACAUCAUGAGCUACUCGAUGAGCCUUUCCAAAAACUCUCGUGUCAAAGUUUUGGCCGAUUGUGAUUGGAGCCAGCCGGUGCUCCGGGCUGAAUGUAUCUCGUACCGAAGAAACUUUCUCGACCCAGCGACGGAAACUGAGAAUUCAGAAAGAGCGGAGUGCUGUAUCUGUGUUCAGCCAAUUAGGGUCUCACCGAUUCCUUUAUCAAUUGCAAUAUCGUGCCUAGCCAUCCCGGCGAUUAUCACGAGACUUGAAUCCUACAUGAUCGUCCAAGAGGGCUUCAAGUUUAUCGGGCUCUCCAUGAGACUGGACUAUGCACUUGAAGCAUUUACCAAAGAUUCAGACAAUACCGAGGACCACCGAGCCUUGCAGGUUCAUAUUCAGCGCGGAAUGGGCAAGAACUACGAGCGACUGGAGUUUCUAGGAGAUAGCUAUCUCAAGAUGGCAACAUCAAUAGCGCUUUUCUGCCAAAACCCCGAUGAUGAUGAAUACGAUUACCAUGUCAACCGAAUGUGCCUUAUUUGCAACAAAAACAUGUUCAAUGUCGCCACAAAAAUCGGUCUCUACGAGUAUAUUCGCAGUCGUGGCUUCUCUCGACAUAACUGGUAUCCUCCUGGUCUUCAGCUUCUGCGUGGCAGAGACUACAUCAGGCAUCUCGUCACAGAAAGUUCCCACAAUCUUGGAGAAAAGACAAUCGCAGAUGUAUGCGAGGCAUUGAUAGGAGCUUCAUUGCUUUCGGGGGGUGGGGAAAACAGGUUUGACAUGGCCACCAAAGCAGUCACGGUCUUCGUGGGCAGUGAAAGCCAUUCAGCAACUUGCUGGGAAGGCUAUCGUCUGUCUUACACAAAGCCGGCAUACCAGAUAAAAGAUAGUGAUGGAUUCGAAAAAGAUCUGUCUCAGAAGAUCUUUGAGAAGCUGGGAUACAGGUUCAAAUAUCCUCGUCUGCUACGAUCUGCUUUCACCCACCCAUCUUAUCCACUCGCAUACGCCAAGGUGCCUUGUUAUCAGCGACUAGAAUUCAUAGGGGACGCUCUUUUGGAUAUGGUGUGCGUUGAGCACUUGUUUGAGAGAUUUCCGGACAAAGAUCCCCAGUGGCUCACCGAGCACAAGAUGGCUAUGGUUUCGAAUAAAUUUCUCGGAGCGUUGGCGGCUAAAUUGGGGUUUCACCGACAUCUUCAGCAUUUCAGCAACCCGAUACAGACGAACAUCACGAGCUACGCCGAAGACAUCCAAACAGCGGAAGAUGAAAGCGAGGGCGCAAUGGACUACUGGCUGAGCACCAAGGACUCUCCAAAGUGUCUUCCAGAUAUGAUCGAAGCAUACAUUGCUGCCAUCUUUGUCGACUCUGACUUUGACUAUUCUGUGGUUGAGGACUUUUUCGCAACUCACAUCAAGCCAUAUUUCGUGGAUAUGUCGCUGUAUGACACAUUUGCCAAUCGGCAUCCGACGACGUACUUUUUCAAUCAGAUGACCGAGAUAUAUGGAUGCACCAAUUACUGUGUCAAAGCCGGCGAGCUUCCUGGUGGAGAUGGAGACAAACCGCGUAUUCUUGCCGCAGUCAUGAUUCAUGGAGAGUCAAUUGCGGAAGACAUUGGAACAUCCACUCGGUAUGCGAAAGUCCGGGCCAGUGAGAAAGCGUUGGAGGUGAUUGGAGGCAUGUUGCCGACCGACUUUCGUCUCAGAUUUCGCUGUGACUGUCGCCCGUCAUCUGACGAUCAAGGAGUGAAGACUGGGGACAUCGGAACCGCCAUAUGA